AGGCAACUGUGACGUGCUCUUGAUAUCACAACCGAACCUCGACUUGGAAUAACCCAGCUGUGCGUUUGCACCUUUUGCCUUGUAAGCGACGCCCAAUGCACAGGAACAAUGGGGAUGGUCAGAGUUUGCGAUGAGGACGCCAAAUGCCAUGCUGCACACAUGUCCUUCCUAACACACGAAACCAGACUAAACGCAGGUUAUUGAUUAUGCUUGCGGUGUUCUGGGGUCCGACCGGGUGCCAGACAUUUCAGCAGCAGCAGCAGCAGCAGCAGCCGAGAGUCCAGCGAGGUGGAUGCUGCGCGGCGACGCGCCCCCUGAAUCCCUAAACUGAAUCUUGAGGAUUGGGGGACGGUUUGAGUGUGUGUGUGCAUAUGUGUUUGUGAGGGAGAGAGUGAAAGUGUGUGUGUUUGCACUUCCACAUGGCCUCCAUGCAGGACGGAGUGAACUUCUCUGCUCAUCCCUACGGCAAAGUACUGCUGCUGGGGGCCAUCGCUGCCGCCUCAGCCUUUGUUGUCACCAUCCUCAUCGUUGUGCUAUGUGUGGGCUGCCAGAGGAAAGGGAAAACGCACAAUGGCCCUGGGGAGGAGAGGAAACACAGACUCAUGGACAUGAGUAUACUGCGGCAGUCCAAGCUGCGCUCCAUCAGUAAGUCAGACACCAAGCUUCAUGAGAUGAACAGACUCAACUGCAAUGGCAAGAAAUCUUCUAAGAAGAACCGUCCCGCCAGCAUGGAUCUGCUCCUACUCCCAAGCCGUCGCUCAAACUCUGACCUGCAUUCUCAGGGCCGCCAGCUGCCUCAGAUCCCCUCCGGUGAGGACGGGGAACACACAUAUGCUGAGGUGGGCCGCCGCUCCUCUCCCACGCGCGGUUCUGAGGAUGCCCGCUACGGAGUCGGAGGUAGAGCAGGAGAGACAGACACACCCGCCCCACCGGCAGUCCCUGCUAAUACCCCAGCUCCUCCUGAUCCUGAUGGGGACUGCAUGGAGGGUGGGAUCACAGAAACAGAGACCAUCCCCCAGGUGAUAAACACACCCCCUCAACCCCAGGAGACAGUGGAGUACGCCUGCAUCAGAAAGGUCCGGAGAGUGGACAAAGCAGCCCAGAAGAGGGACAACGGAACAGAGACAGAGGAGGGGCUCGGGGAACAACAACCACACAGCAGUGGAGACAUUCGUCAUGCCCCUCCCACUCACCCAGCCCCACCUCCAUCCCACCCACACAGUCAGAAGAUGCCUCGAAAAAAUAUGGAGGCCUUUAACCUUCCCUCUUUCCCUAAGGAGGCAGUGUUUAUGGGAAAUGGAGAGCAGUACAUAUGGAAACCUCCAGAAGAUGAUGACAUCAUCUUCCAGCACAAGCAGAUGGGUAUUCUGAGCUCUCACGCUGAAGAGAACAUGGCAGCAUCAGCAGCAGGGAUCACAGAGAUGUAUUCCAAAGUCUGCAAACCAGGUAAAAAGAAGCGAGGCAUGCCUGGCUCGCCCACAGCCGCAAGAGACAUCAGCGGCUUUAGGACCUUGGCACGGGGUGAACGUGGUGAGCGUGACGGGGGUUUCAGCGUGGUAGUCAAACCCCAGACGUGGGCCCCGCAGGAGGGCAAAGGCUCUAGAGUGCCUCCUGCCUGCAUGGAGGACCACUGCUACGAAGCCAUCAGCACAGAGGAGUCAGACCUGGCUUAUGAGACCAUGGAGGGCGGGGGAGGCUGGAAGCGUGACAGACCUCCACCCAAUGCCAGUGCCACCUUGCGACCCAAGAGGAAGAGGCCCCAGCAGCCCUUGCAACAACCACCCCCACCCCCUCCACCCCCCCAGCAGACACCCAAACUGCAGCAUCUCCCAGCCAAAGCCCUGCUGAUUCCUGGGGAGAGCUUGUACGAGAGCAUCCCCGACCUAAAGCAGAGCUCGGCCACCUCCAGCACAACCACCAUCUUUACCUUCAAUGAUGGCAUGGAGAUGUAUGUCACUGGCCUGUAGGGGGAGCUCUGGGGAACUUUUCUUAUAGUGAAUGAACAGAGCUUGAAUCUUGAAUGGGGACAGGCGUGUGUCCUAACCCAAUGAGGUACAGCACCACUGCUAUAUAUUUUACAUGGGUUCCAAGUAUUAGUUAAGCAUUAAUUGAGUUUUGUAAGUCUAGUUAAAGGUCAGCAUUCUUGCAGCACAAAAAUGAUAGAAUGCUUACAUGAAAAUCUGACUAAAUGAUUGCUCACAUACCUACAUCACAAACAUUAAUAGUAGUCACCAGAAUCCUUCACCAGCCAUGACAUAUCACCACAGACAACAUAUCACAACAGAGAGUAGCAUCACUGGGGAUUUCUGUAUAGGAAUAUUAUGGAAUCCUUGUUUAUUUGUCAUAACAUGCUUUAGUUUAUGACAAGGUCAGGCGUAUAGUUGAUGCCUAGAAAAUUUCAAAGUAUAAAAAAAUAUAUGAGCAACAAGUCUAUUACAAAAAAUAACUUGAAGCACAGAAUAUAAUUCCAUUCCUGCGGCUCUCUGCAAUGAGAUAAAUGUAUUUUGAUUAGAAACUGUUUGCAAAGCACCGUCCCCUAUUUCAAGAAGUGGACCUUAUUAUAAAUCCCAAGCAAAAUAUGAUAUAUUGACAAAAAGUCUAUAUUUAAUGUGUUCAUAGAUAAGUGGAUCCUAUUUUAAAAUGUUAAAAGCUAUCUAUUAUCUAAAAGCUUUAGAAAAUACAUGGCCCUAUUUUUGUAAUGUCAAAGCCUCUAUUUCUGUAAAAAAUAUUCAAACAGAGAUUCUCAUUUGAUGGGUCAAGCAGUUCUAGUAAAUAAAGGAAGUAUUUUCUUACGAAGCACAAAUGUCUCAUGCUUAGCAUGUUGUUUGUCAAAGACAGUCCCCUUAUGAAAUUGAAACAGCAAAUUUAAAAUCAGUUCAAAUUUAGAGGUUGUUAAUGGUCAGUAAAGGGAGAUCAGUAAUUCGUUGUACUUGUACAAUGACAAUAAAGAGCUUGAAUCUUGAAUCAUAGAAACUAUUAGCAAAAGCUCAGGGACUGAUAGAAAUUAAAUAAAUAAUUGCACACAAAAAGAUUUGACAUAUCUGACCGGAGACCCCAGUGUCUUUUCAUGUUAUUUUAUGUUUUGGUCAUAACAUCAAUUCAAACUGUCACGACCACAGCACUUCGAUGUGGUGAAGUAAGUGUUUUUCUUUGUCAAUACUGUUUAUGCACUUUGCCUGACAAAAAAAAAAAAAAAAAGAUGCAUGCUUUCAAGAAAAAAAAUACCUUUGCAAAAGGGGAAAAAAAGAAAAGAAAGAAAAGUGAAAAACUAGCACUGUUGUGUGGUAUCAGAGAAUGGUUUAUUUCUUGCUGUUGUCAGUGGUUUGAUUUUUACGCCUUUUUCUUCAUCUAAGAAAGAGCCCAAAGUGAUUUGCUUCAAAACUAGGGAGACCAAUGAGGACUCGAGGAGGACUUUCUAAAACAUAGACUGAACAGUUAGAAAAUUUAACACAAUUGGUGAGAAGAAUUGUAUCAUAGACAAUCCCUUUCCCCUUUACAGAAGCAGUCAAGAGAUCCAGGUGCCCCCCCCCACCAUUCUUUAAAUAAAGAGGGUGCUGGUGGAUCAAAAUAUGAUUGAAUCAAAUCACAAUACAUUUGAUUGUGGCAAAAAUUACCUGUGUGUUAUAUGGAUAUAGUUGGAGAUUAAAAAAUGGAACAAUGACUAAGCAAUUUGAAAUAGUGUACAAUGCCCUGUAAUUAGUUUAUUGGCAGGUUGGAUCAAAGUGUUUUGGGGUUUUAUGAUCAGACAGUGACAAGUUUCACCAAUGGACAAUGUCAAACUAUCUGUGAUCUAUGGCAUGUCUCAAUGGACUACAGCUGCUCUCUUUUGGUGUCUUAGAAUCGGAUACUAAUGGGAUCUGGAUUAAAUUAACCCAAAUGGCUGGAGCACAUGCAAAGAGGCUCAGGUCAACCAAAUAUAAUCAAACUGCUUCUCUGAAAAAGCUCGGAGUUGCUAUAAAUUGUCGGUGCAAUGUCGUAAAUAUGUUACAAACAAGAAAAUGCAGAAAAGAGGGGAGUGGGAUUUGCUCUUGGUGUUCCUGAAAGUACUUGUUUCUUUCUGGUCGUCCUUUUGGAAUGAUUUUUUCUCUGGUGAAAAAUGAUCUCAGCAGUAUAUCUGUGAGUUUUGAUUAUGUGCUUUGGGAUUCUUUUAUUUUUCACAUAUUUUUUGCUAUACUGUGUAUCUCAAAGACCAGUUGAGUUUAGUGUGGCAGCUAAUGUUGUGCGUUUGCUUAUCAAACAGCAGGGUGGUGUGUAUUAAAGCUGUGUAAUUAAGUACUAAUGUGUAAAAGAUUGUAAUGUUUUUAUAUCAAAAUGACUAUUCAUAAAAAUGUCGGGUCAAGUUUAUACUUUUUUA